AUGAUUGAAAACGUAGGUAGUGUUGCUACUGAUGUAAUUGCAAUCCCCGGUGAAGUGAGCAAUACUGAAAUCAAGACAGAGACAGAAGAAAUUAGUAAUAUUACUAUCCCAUACCCUGAUUCAAGGGAUCAAUUAGAUCAGUUAUUAUAUCGUUAUAAAGCUUUAUUAGAUUAUCCUUCUGAUAAUAAAGUGGAAAUCAACGCUAUUGAAAAUGUGUUUUAUAAAGUUUCAAAAGAUCAAGAUGCUUAUAAUGAAAAUUUAGAUGAAUUAAGAAAAUAUACUUUUUCAGGUAUAGAAUAUGAUGAUGAAGUAUUGAAAAAACAACUAUAUAUAUUGAAAUUAAUAGAGAAAGAUGUUGAUGUCCCAGACAAUUUAUUAGAAGGAUCUUUCUCAGAUAUAUUCGAAGAUUCUGGUAUCCUAAAUGCCAAUGUGACAGUAGAAGCAGAACAGACGUCUAACAAUGCAGAUGUUUUUAGACCUAUUCAAAUCAAUACUAAUUAUAAUGUUAAUGCAGAACUGUUUGAUUUGAAAAAUAACUUUGUCAAUAUUUCCGAAACAAAAUUGGGAACCACUAAAUCAGAACCAAUCAUUUCUGCCGCCAUUGCAAGAAGAAUCUCCGAAUUAGAAAGAUUACCGGCAAACUUAGGUACUUAUUCAUUGGAUGAUGCUCUUGGAUUUUUCACAAAAAGUGAUAUACCAACUAAUAUUGACACUUUAAAAAUAAAAGCUUUGAUAGAACUUAAAUGCUUAAAAUUAUUAACAAAACAAAAAUCUUUGAGACAAAAAUUACUAAAUAACGUGUCAAACCAAGCUCACCACAGUAUCACUGAAUUAAGAGACUCUCCAUUCACAAUGGCUGCUCAGAGAGCUGUUCAAGUAAGGAGUAAAGUGAUUGUACCGCAAACAGUCAGAUUAGCAGAAGAGUUAGAGAGACAACAAUUAGUAGAAAAGAGGAAGAAAGAACGUAACUUGCACAUUCAGAAGGUAAAUUCAAUCAUAAGAGCAAGCGAAAAAUAUAAUGAUGAAUACUCAGGUGCUUCUGAGCGUUCCCUACAACUAGGUAGAUCUUUACAAUAUCUACACACUCAAAUUGAAAAAGAUGAACAGAAAAGAUUGGAAAGAACAGCUAAACAACGUCUGGCUGCUUUGAAAUCGAAUGAUGAAGAAGCAUAUUUGAAAUUGUUAGAUCAAACCAAAGAUACGAGAAUUACACAAUUGUUAAGACAAACUAACUCUUUCUUAGAUUCCUUGGCUCAAGCAGUUCAAGUUCAACAAAAUGAGGCAAAAUUAUUGAAAAAUGAAGAAAGUGUCCCUAUUACUACUGAUGAUAGAGAGAAAAUUGAUUAUUAUGAAGUUGCACACAGAAUAAAAGAAAAGAUUGACAAACAACCAAGUAUUUUAGUCGGUGGUACUUUGAAAGAAUAUCAAUUGCGUGGUUUAGAAUGGAUGGUUUCCUUAUAUAAUAACAACUUGAAUGGUAUUUUAGCAGAUGAAAUGGGUUUGGGUAAAACAAUUCAAUCUAUUUCAUUAAUAACAUACUUAUUCGAAGUUAAAAAUGAAACCGGUCCAUUCUUAGUCAUUGUUCCACUAUCUACUAUUACUAACUGGACACUUGAAUUUGAAAAGUGGGCUCCAAGUUUGAAGACUAUCAUAUAUAAAGGUACUCCCAAUCAAAGACGUACUCUUCAAGGCCAAAUUAGAAUGAAUGAUUUUGAUGUUGUCCUAACCACCUAUGAAUAUAUUAUUAAGGAUCGUAAUUUACUUGCUAAAAAAGAUUGGGCGCAUAUGAUCAUUGAUGAAGGUCAUAGAAUGAAGAAUGCACAAUCUAAGCUUUCCUACACAAUCCAGCAUUAUUACCGUACAAGAAAUAGAUUAAUUUUAACUGGCACACCAUUACAAAAUAAUUUGCCAGAACUAUGGGCUUUAUUAAAUUUCGUUUUGCCAAAAAUUUUCAAUUCGGCAAAAACAUUUGAUGACUGGUUCAAUACACCAUUUGCCAACACUGGUGGUCAAGAGAAAUUGGAAUUAACGGAAGAAGAAAUGUUAUUGAUUAUCAGAAGAUUACAUAAAGUGUUGAGACCAUUCUUAUUACGUCGUCUAAAGAAGGAAGUAGAAAAAGAUUUACCAGAUAAGGUAGAAAAGGUCAUUAAAUGUAAAUUAUCAGGUUUACAACAACAAUUGUACGAACAAAUGCUUAAACACAAUGCUUUGUUUAUCGGCGCUGGUGCUGAGGGUGCUACUAAGGGUGGUAUUAAGGGUUUGAAUAACAAGAUCAUGCAAUUAAGGAAAAUUUGUAACCAUCCUUUUGUCUUUGAUGAAGUUGAGGGUGUUAUUAACCCAAGUAGAGGUAACACCGAUUUAUUAUACCGUGUUUCUGGUAAAUUUGAAUUAUUAGACAGAGUUUUGAGUAAGUUCCAUGCAACAGGACAUAGAGUAUUAAUUUUCUUUCAAAUGACCCAAGUUAUGGAUAUCAUGGAAGAUUUCUUGAGAAUGAGGAACUUGAAGUACAUGAGAUUAGAUGGUACUACAAAAGCUGAUGAAAGAACAGAUAUGUUGAAAGCUUUCAACGCACCAGACUCAGACUAUUUCUGCUUUUUAUUGUCUACAAGAGCUGGUGGUCUAGGUUUGAAUUUACAAACAGCAGAUACUGUCAUUAUUUUUGAUACUGAUUGGAACCCACACCAAGAUUUACAAGCACAAGAUAGAGCCCAUAGAAUUGGUCAAAAGAAUGAAGUCAGAAUUUUAAGAUUAAUCACCACCGACUCUGUCGAGGAAGUUAUUUUAGAAAGAGCCAUGCAAAAACUAGACAUCGAUGGUAAGGUUAUUCAGGCCGGUAAAUUCGAUAACAAAUCCACUGCUGAGGAGCAAGAAGCAUUUUUAAGAAGAUUACUUGAAGAUGAAAGUAAUAAAGAUAACGAAGACGAUGCUGAAUUGGAUGCUGAUGAAUUGAACCAAAUCUUAGCAAGAUCAGAAGAGGAAAAAGCGCUAUUUGAUCAAAUGGAUAAAGAUAGAAUACAGCGUGCAAAGGAUGAUGCUAAACUUCAAGGCUUGAAAACUGUUCCACCAAGAUUAAUCCAAGUUGAUGAAUUACCAUCCGUAUUUACAGAAGAUAUUGCUAUUCACUUAAAACCAGAACCUGUUGCUGUCGGUAGAAUUAGAGAGCAAAAGAGAGUCUACUAUGAUGAUGGGUUAACUGAAGAUCAAUUUUUACAAGCUGUCGAGAAUGAAGAGGCCACAUUAGACGAAAUAAUUGAAAAGAAGCGUUCCCAAAGAGAGAGGAGAAAGCGUAGAAGAAACGAUACAGAUGGCAAUGGCGAUGAGCUAAGUGGGGACGAAAUAAAAACUUUGGAAAACACCCCAGAGAAGGAAAUUGAAGAAACUACUGUCCAAACUGAUUCUAUAAACACUUCCACUGAGGUACCAGAUGUCACAGAUGAAACCUUUAGAUCUACAAGAGGCGGAGCCAGUGGUAGAAGAGCCACAAGAGGAAGAGGCAGAGGCAGAGGCAGAGGCAGAGGAAGAGGCAGAAGCAAGGUUGUUGAAGUGCACACUGAUAUGGAAAUCCCAGACAACACAGUUGAUACCAAAUCUGAGGCCGAAACCGAAGCUGUCGCUUUGCCAGACUCUGCAGUUGCCGAUGCCCAUCUUGAUGAAGUGAUAUCCCCUGCUGCUGAUGCAAAAUCUCAAGUGACUAUUGAUCCAAUGUCAUAUGAUGCUGGUAACCCCUCAUUAAAAGUGAAAAUAAGUCUAAGUAAAGGGCUUCCUUCUGAUGAGACUUCAAAAAAGCAACCUAAGAAGAAAAAAUUAAAGAUUGUAAUUCGUAGUAAAAACGGCAGUACUGCUGUUAAUACCCCAACUUCUACAAAAGAUGAAUCUGAGAGCACUAAGAAGACUGUGAAAAAUGAGGAUAAACUUACUGAUGAUAUUAAAAAAGACGGUAAGAAAUUGAUUGAAGAAAUACGUAAACAAUUAGAUAAAGAGGAUUCCCAUCCAUUAGCUGAAAUAUUUGAAAAAUUACCAUCUAAGAAACUAUAUCCAGAUUAUUACAAAUUGAUUGAAAAUCCAAUUGCAAUUGAAAACAUCUCUAAAAAAUUAAAUGACAAGAAGAAAUCACACUAUAAUCAAUUACAAGAAUUAAUUGAUGAUUUCCAUUUAAUGUUCAAAAAUGCAAUGUUUUUCAAUGAACAAGAUUCUUGGGUUUACAACGAUGCAUCCGAAUUAAAUACAUUUGUCGACACAUGGUUUAAAGAGCAAUCAAAAUAA